ACAUAUUAAAAAAAUAAAUAAAACUGAUGUAAUAAAUAAAUAAAUAAUCAGUACUUUAGGUAUUUUUCUAAUCUUUAAAGAUACAAAGUAUGGAUAAUAAACCGUCGUUGAGCCAGUAUUUCGGCAAUACCGAUGUACCGCCCGCGUCCCAGUUUUUCGAUGAAAUCGGUACAUCGCCUUCGGAUAUGAUACAGAGUGUUUAUUUAGGGGAAAGUGAGGGCAAUAAAGUGACAUCGAAUCAAGUUUUUCCUCAAACAAUGACGGCCUCUUUCAAUCAACAUUCAGGACCUCAAGAAUUGACGUUUUCAAGUGUUUUGCCCACUGUGAGUGGAUCUGCAUCGGUGCCAGCCACCAGCUUGCCUGAUCCAUCGACAUUCUUUGAUACGAUAGGGCCAGAACCUCAAAUAGGAGCACCUAAAAGUAAUUUAGUGAAUCCGGCCAUUAUCACUGAAGCUAUGGAUGGCCUCAGCAUAAAGAAUCAACCAGUGGAUAAAGAGGCGGAUAGAAGAAGGGAUGCAUGGAUACCUAAUGAUGAAGCCAAGAAAACACUGAUGAAGGCUCAGUCAUCACCUAAAGGCUCAUUCUUUCCAGAGAGGGAGGUACUAACUAUGCCUGGCUUGGUGCUUGAAGAGGAACUUGCGGACGCCUUACACGAGGUGGCGGUGAAGUACCUGGGCGUGAGCUCGGCGGGCAGCCGCGGCGUGGUCCGCGCCGAGCACGUGUCGCGCGACGAGGCGGGGCUGCGCGAGCUGCUGCGCACCGGCUACCUGCGCGCCGCCCUCAACCUCACCGCCGUCCUCAUCACCGCUGUCGGACAGGGCGUCGGUCGCAUGCACCGUCCUACGAAGCACACGCCCCGCUCGCUGCAACUGUGGCUCACGAGGUUCGCUGUCAUGCUCAGGAUCAAGCUGCAUGAGCCGCUGCUCAAGGAGGCCGAGCAGUUCGGUGAUUUCAACAAGCCGGAUAUGUUUUAUCAGUUCUAUCCGGACACGUACGAGAAUCGAACCGGUAGCCUGGUGCCGUUUUCGUUACGCCUACUGAUCGCUGAGCUGCCGGGGCACGUCGGGAAAUCGGAAGAGGCUGUCGAUAGAUUAUAUUCGAUGCUCGACGUCAUACAGCAGAUGCUGUCAAACCUGCGUGCGGGUAAAACUGAGGACGGUACAGCCACGUUAUCGUCGGACCAGGACCGUAAUGAGUCCAUCAGGCUGUGGACCGGCCGGGAGACGAGGGUGUUGCAUUCUAUAGUCAACUGCAGUAUCGCGCUUAAAGACUACCGUCAAGCUGGCAAGAUACUACUAUCUCUCCAGCAGCAAGCCACAUCGUCAGUACAAAGACGGGCCCUCUCCAGCGCGUUAUGUCGACUGUGGCUGUUGGCAGGGCAUAUAAAGGCCGCCCAGGUCUUCAUGGAGCAAGCGAGGGAGAUCAGACAUCAUAUAUGUCCAACACCUGACGUACGGGAGUAUGUAGACUUGGGAUUGAUUGACAUAGCCCAUGGGAGAUAUCAAGAGGCGUACACCAACUUCGCCAGAGCUGCAGAUCAGGAGCCCACCAAUAUUAUGGUUGCCAACAACCUGUCGGUCUGUCUGCUAUACAUGGGACGAUUGAAGGAGGCCAUCGCUGUACUCCAGAAGGCGAUAAACUCGGACCCAGAGCGAGGUCUCAACGAGAGCCUACUCAUCAACCUCUGCACGUUAUACGAAUUAGAAUCGUCAAAGACAAACGAAAAGAAGCUGAAUUUGUUGAACAUGCUGUGUAAAUACAAAAGUGAUACAAUACCUAAUGUGUUAGAGUGCCUAAAACUCAGUUAAUGUAAUAACAGUAUUGUUGAAUUAAUAUGUACUGACUUUGUCAUAGAGGUACUUGAUAAGUGAAAAAAUUUCUGAUAAAUAUAUGUAGGGUACCUCUGUACAUUGAUGAUGGAAAAAGGCUAUCACCUAAUACCAAGUAGAUAUUUGUUUUGUAUUUUUUUUUUUAAUAAUGGGUGAUAAUGGAAUGGUAACCCGCCCGCGCUAUCCGUAUACACCGGCGGGCCACCAGUGAAGGAUGAUAAAUGAGGAUGAAGCAAGUCAGUUAGCCCAUCGUGACGAAUUCAACGAGAAUUGUUCACGAUGGUUUCCAGGGAGAACCACGUGGAGGUCGACCUGAUAGUGUAUUGCUAGCAAGGCUUCAUUAGACCCCAUUACUAACAAUCCCUUCCCCCCUGUUGUAUUAUAUUGUAAAAUCUUUAUUGUACAUAAUUCAAAUUAAGCACUGAAAUAUUAUUUAAUAUACAAUGGCGGACUUAUCCCAUAAAGGGAUCUCUUACAGUCAACCUUUGAGAAGCUGAAAGAAAACUAUAGAAUGUAUAAGGGUAAUAACCGUACAAUUAAAGAUAAACUAAAUAAUACCCAGUAAAAAAUUGAAUAUAUAAUACAAUAAAAACAGCUGUAUACACCUACAUAUGUAUAUAUAUAUAUAUAUAUAUAUAUAUAUGUUUCGGUUUGAAGAGUGGGAUAUGGCUUGAAUUUACUGGGUACAGAGGAACACACACCCGAGUCCCCAGGAAUGGCAACGCAUGGGGGGUAUCAUGGGCGAAACAGUAUACUCUGUUAUGUCCAUGAUACUGCUCAUGUCUAUAGGCGACGGUUACCACUUUCCAUCAGGUGGACCGUCAGCUUGUUUGCCAUUCUAAGUUGUAUAAAAAAAAAUAUAUAAUAGAUAUAAUAAUAAACGAUAAAUAAGCUGUAAUCAAGUUCAACCAACAUUAUUGUCAAAUAACAUAUAUGCAAAACAUAAAUAUUUUAUUGGUAGGAGUCAAGGUGGAAGAUGGAUUAUUUAUUAUGGAUAAGAUGUUAAUCAAGUGACCAUUUCAUUUUUAUAUACUCGCCCGAUACCCAUCUGUACUAAUAUAAUAAAGCAAAAGAGUUUGUUUGUUUCAACUCUGGAACUAGCAGUCGGAUUUGAAAAUUUUUUUAUUACAUAUUAUAGUUUAUUUCUUAAAAUUAUAGGUUACUCAAUCUCGACGAGACCACGGCCGAAGCCGUAGGUUACAGCUUGUAUUUUAUAAAGUACUAUACACAUCCACAAUAGAUAGGAAAUAAUUAAAGAUUGUAUCCUAAAAAAAAGCCAGCUUCAAUCUUGACAAAACCAGUUGUUUAGAUCUAAAAAAAUACUGAACCGAGUUUGAUAAAUUUUCUGUCGGAUCAAUCUGUAAAUGCAUGCUUUUAGAUAAAAAAGAAUUUUCCAAAUAGAUUUAGAACUCGAAAUUAUGAUACAAAAAAAAAAAUAUCCAAAUUAAGACCUUGCUUCUUGUUAAAGUCGGUCAAAAAUAGUUUAUCGCCAACUUUCUUUAUCUAUAGCCUCUAAACUUUAUUAGAGUAACAAUAUCUGCCAAAUGGCAGUUACUUGCUUAGUUUGCGGUUUUUUUUUUAUGCAACUUCUGUAUAAAAUUAUUAUAUAUAAUUUAUGGUAUUGUCUGGAUCUCAUAGAGUUAUGGUGUACCAUUGUAUCGAUGAGACAAUAAACAGACAACAAAUAGUUUUGUUUAUAUAAUAUAAUGAACCAAAAAAGUCCGAAAUAAAAAUUAUUAUUAUUAUUAUAAUAGAUAGUGAGAUUAUUCAACAAUUAAAUUAUUUAUAAGAUUA